UGGGUGUUGGGAUGGCGGAGCAGAGGCGAAAGCUGGUGCGGCUGGCGGUGCUGGAGGAACUGCGGGCCUCCUACGGAAUUAAGGUGAAGAGCGGGAGCUGCUUGGGGACAGCCAAGCAACUGGCAGCUGCGGCUACGGAGGGUAAGAUCUUUGGAGUUUGCUUCCAUGCAUUGCCAUCAUCACUUGUACCAGAUUAUGGCUAUAUCCCAAGCUUUCUUGUUGAUACUUGUGAAUUUUUGGAAGACCAUGUUCACACUGAGGGACUCUUCAGGAAGUCUGGAUCUCUUGUUCGUUUAAAGGCUUUAAAGAGUAAACUGGAUCAAGGUGAAAACUGCCUUUCUGCUGCACUGCCGUGUGAUGUUGCAGGGCUUCUUAAACAGUUCUUUAGAGAGCUACCAGAACCCAUCCUGCCACCUCACCUGCAAGAAGGCUUUUUUAAAGCUCAGCAGCUGGGAAAUGAGAAGAAAACUGCAACUCUGUUGUUGUCGUGCUUGAUGGCAGACAGGACCAUUGAAACUUUGAGAUACUUUUUCAACUUCCUGAGAACUGUGUCCUUGAGAUCCAGUGAAAACAGAAUGGACAGCAAUAACCUGGCAGUGAUUUUUGCUCCCAACCUCUUUCACUCUAAUGAGAACGAGAAGAUGUCAGCUGGUACAGAGAAGAAGAUCCGCUUGCAAGUUGCCGUGGUGCAGACACUCAUUGAGCAUGCAGCAGAAAUUGGACAAGUACCAGACUUUAUCUUGGAAAAGAUUCCUGCAAUGUUAGGUGUGGAUGCCUUUCAAUCUACUCCCUCACUAUGGGGCCAUGAAGACAGUGAGAAUGAAUCUCCCAGUGAAAGCAGGAAGAGGAGGCAUAGAAGUGUUGGAGAUUUUGUUAGUGGAGCAUUGCAUAAAAUUAAAUCUAACAGAACCCCCUCCACUACACCUCACCAAGACAGAAGUGUUUCAGUCCUUUCAUCGGUGACUCCUGUGGUCCUUACUCCAAGUACCAAGCGUAAACUUCCAACUGAUUGCUCCCAGGGCUUGUCCAGCAAGAAGAGAAGAUCUUUUAAGCAUAGUUUUGCUUUUGAGUUGUUACCAAGCAGCAUUUUUAACAUCAGUUCAACACCAGCAUCAGCUCAGUUUGAAGGAAGCCCUUGUGUGUCGCUGGAGUCAUCACAAACCUCACUGUCUCCUUCAACUGGUGGUGAAAGUACCUUGUAUGGUACAGGGAACAGGAGAAGCAAAAGACAUGCAAGGAAAAAAUUAUACAGGGCUGACUCAGGGAAGACAGGCUGCUUCUCCCCGAAGAUCAGCCGCAAGGAGAUGGUUCGUAGGUCGCUGCGCCUGAAGUUUGGCUUGGGCAAAAGCAGCAGAGAAAUGAAUGCUGUCCCAGGAUGUGCAGGCAGUAACAGAUCCGAAAAUAUUGGAAGGCGUCUUGCCAGUCAACAGGGUUUGGAGAGCAAAAGUGAAUGUGCAAGUGGAGAUGUCCUCUUAAGCCCAUGUGUCAGUGAGAAAUUCCCCAAGAAAGGUUCAAAGAAUGUGAGCAAGUCAGAAGAAAACCUGCUGACUCCAAAAUGCCACGAAAGAGUUCACCGCAUGUCAUGGAAUAGUCCUGUAACAGAUUUUCAGGGGAUUAGCAGGAAGGAGGGAAUUUUGCCAGGACACCCCAAAGCAGGAGUUGCUUUAUCAGAAUCUGGUUUGCUAUUUGGAAAGCCACCAGUUGUUGCAGAUGAGUUCAAAGCCACAACUGUCAGCAAAGAAGAGAACAGCCUAGAACUUCUGGUUCGUGAGGAUGACAGCAAUUCAGCUGCAGAAACACUGCUGAAAGUGAAGGAAGCCUUCUCUGCUUCUGGAGGAAGCCUUCACAAUUUGAUGGGUGAUACCAAAUCUUCCUUCUCAGGUGGAGCAGGUGAAACAUUAAAUCAGAGUCUAUGCCUCACAAAGGUCAGUUCAGAGGAAGAAUUGUCAGCUGAAGACAUUUCUAAACCUGCAGCAAGCACACAACCCAGAGAGCUGUUAUACCAAAUCAGUCAAACUUCUGCUACUGAUAAACAACAAUCAGAAAAAGAGGAAAUUAAAUCUUUGGAGAAAAGAAACUUCAAAACUUCUAUUACAGUUGAAUUGCAGGUCCCAAAACCAGAUCUAAAGCAUGCAACAGAACUUCCUGUGCCUCACAUACUGGCCAGGGAAGAGAAGUUGACUGUUGAGAAGCGGCCAUCAAAAGAUGACUUAAACAAACGGCAUUCCUUGGGAAGAAAAGAGGAAACAGAAUCAACACACCCACAAACAGGUGAAAACUGCAUGGUAAAAUGCUGUCUUUUGGAAGAAGAGGUCACCAAAUGUCCUGUGGUGGGACAGCUUCCUGCUCUGCAGGUGCCUCAAGCACAAAAUGAAGCAGGCAACCAAGACACGCAGGCUGAAAAUGCUGGUAGAACUUUGGCUAGGACAUCAGCUCUUCCUGACCACGGGAAGGUUUCUGACCACAUCCAGUGGUUUAACAAGCUUUCACUGAAUGAUCCAAGCUCUGCAAGCAAAACUAAACCACCUCUGAAGUUCCAGCGUACCCCUGUGAGGCAGUCUGUAAGAAGAAUCAACUCCUUGCUGGAGGCUCACAGGCGACCUGCGAGCUCUCAGCUGCUGAAGGCAGGUGAGGUUGGUUCACCGCUUGUUAAGUCCUGGAGCUGUGAUUCUGCACUGUUCUCCUGUGCAGAGAAGACCUCAAAGAAUUCUCUGGCUCUGCCACUCAGGAGUGAAGAUUCAUCUGACCAAGUUUCUGUAUCUCAUAAACACCUGGACUUACCAUCCAAAGCAUGUUGCAGGCCAUUCAUUCCAUCAGCCAGCACUGAUGGUUCUGUCAGAACUGCUGGGCUCACUGAACAGAAAGCUCACCCUUCAAAGUCUGUUCUGGAAGAUCUAACCAACCGUGAACUUGUCAAAUCCAGUUUCAAAGCUCAUGCAAAUAUUCCAGAGGCUGCCCUAGAAAAAUCUAUAAUCACAAGAAGCGCUUCAGGAAAAGCCAGGGGUCAUUACAGAGGCUCUCCAAAAAAUCCAAUAGCCCAAGUGAAACUGCUGCCAGCUGGAAAACCUGUAGAUUUUGUGUGGACAUCAAAGUCUGAAAUUCAGCAGCAGGUGUUACACAAGCCAGUCUUUAGAAAGGACCAUUUGAAGGCUGUUAGUUCAGUACACGUGGCCGUUCAGCAAGCUCCUCUUCCAGCUAUCCUUUUGCUGAGCUUUGCUGUGGAUACUGCCUAUGGAUUUGCUGAACCUGGAGACCUGCAAGUGCUUGUGCGGCGCUGCCGGGCGGCCGCGCUGAGCUCUGAGCCGCUGCCGCGGAGGGAGCGGGGCCCGGGAGCUGCUCUCCGCGGGCGCAGCACGGGGGUGCAGGGCGGUGCGGCAGCGUCGCGCUGCGUGCCCGCGGAGCUGCGCGGGGCUCCGGGCCCGGCGUGCGGGGGCGGCCAGGCGGGGUGGGCGCUGAGCCGCGGUGGGCGCUGGCGAGCGGCGGAGCCCCGCACGGACGGCGGGGAGGCUUUGGAGCUUUGCGGCUUGCGGCCAUUGCUGCUUCGAGACGUUCUCAGGCUAAAAGCAGCUACCAGGAUGGCAACUGCCUUGCUUUGCAACAUGGUGUUUCUGCUGGCGUGUGGAUCAGCCUCAGUGCUUAGCCACAGCCCGAGAAGCCCUGACAGGGUUUCUGAAGCAGACAUUCAGAGGCUCCUCCAUGGGGUGAUGGAGCAAUUGGGCAUCGCUAGACCCCGGGUAGAAUAUCCAGCACACCAAGCUAUGAACGUGGUUGGUCCACAGAGCAUUGAAGGUGGUGCACACGAGGGGCUCCAGCACUUGGGUCCUUAUGGCAACAUCCCAAACAUCGUGGCUGAGCUGACGGGAGAUAACGUGCCAAAGGAUUUCAGUGAAGAUCAAGGAUAUCCUGACCCUCCAAAUCCUUGCCCUCUUGGAAAAACAGCUGAUGAUGGCUGUCUGGAGAACACCCCUGACACAGCAGAGUUCAGCAGGGUGUACCAGCUGCACCAACACCUCUUUGAUCCAGAGCAUGACUAUCCCAACGUGGGCAAGUGGAGCAAGAAUUUACUCUUUGAGAAGAUUAAUGGUGGUCCAAAAAGAAGAAAGAGGAGUGUGAACCCCUACCUGCAAGGACAACGCCUGGAUAACGUCGUCGCAAAGAAGUCUGUCCCGCACUUCUCCGAUGAAGACAAAGGUCCUGAAUAAGUCCCAAUGAAAAAGAAAAAGAACCAAAAAAAAAGAAUGCUGACAGCUCCUGCCAUCCUCUGCUAGAUCCUACUGUUGCUUAGAUAGACCCAUCUAUUAAACCCCUCCUGAAUGGCAGCAUGUUUAGUAUUUCCAUGCUGGUAGAUGAAAACCAGCUGUAUUUAUAACACUACGUUCUCCUAGAUAACACAAAUAUGGUUCUGCUUUUUGUUAAGUGAUGGUGAAAAAAAAAGAAAAAAAAAAGAGGUUUUUUUCUGUUGUUUUUCUUUUAGGCAUGGAGCAAACUUUCAGACUGUUCAGUCUUUUUGUUAGCUAACGUGAGGUAAAUGGUCUUAAUGAGCAGCUUGUAAAUAGGAAGAUGUCCACCUCCAACAUUUAAUCUUGAAAAUGUUACUGUGUUUGACACAUGAAAAUUAUAGUUUAGUGUUUUGCUCACAAAUAUUGUUACUUAGCAAAGACAAAGUAUUUAUUUUACCCAGAGAGUUUUGGCUUUUGGUCCAUUUUAAUAAACAUUUAAGCAAUCUGCAGGCUUUGCAACGUGACAUUUUCCAAACUGGUUCAGAGGCUCGUUUGUCUCGGAGAUUGCUGUGCAGAACCACAAAUUAAAGAACUUGCUUUUUGGACUUUC